AUGAGAGCAACACUUCUAGGCCUUAUUUGUAUCGUUGGUUUGGUCACUACAAAAAAUGGGACAGAUCCAUUCGAUGUAAAACCGCCAUUCAGAAGAUGUUUCGUCAAUGAAGAGUUCACUAAAUGCGGUCCGUUGUGCCAACCAAAGUGUGGACAAACAAAACCGGUACGACUUUCAUUUGAACUCUACACUGAUCAAUCGCGUGUGGUCGUGUGA